UAGGUUUUGAGAAUUGCUUGACGUACUUUGAGAAAGCCUGUCUACUACUUUGGCCUCAAGGUGACCCUUGGACCAAUCACAAAAAUGUUGUGGAACAUACAUGUGAUUGCUCCGGAGGAACAGAUGGUUCUUCAACGUUUGCGAAAAAUCCUUCUUUUUUACUUACAAAUAUGGGAAAUGCGGAGGCUGAAAUUAUGAUUGUUUUGCGAAAAAGAGAAGAGGAUAUUCAACAUUGUCCAGGUUGGAUUCAAUUGCACGUCCACAAGGGAAAUGAUACUGGUGGAAUGGAAAGCGAAAGACGCUAUGAUGUAUGUCCAAGAAAUGCGUUGUUUUGUACCGAAAAGCAUUAUUUUGGAGAAGCUGCCUUAGUUUUCCGUUUAAGAGAAAAUGAACGCUUGCAACUUACAGCAUCGGCUUCCUCUUACUGUACAUGCACAUUAACCGCAACUUCGGUUGAUAGAUUUCAACUAAAUCCAUUGCCGGUUUCUUAUACGUAUACAAUAGAGGGUACUUUAUGCCCGACAGACCCUUUAAAUUCUUCAUUGAUUUUAAGAAAUAAUAACGAGGAAAGGGUUGAGAAACUUGUUGUGGCACUUUCUCAAGAGCCUGUACGACAAAGAACUCACUCUGUCGGCUUGGAGGUUUGGCUAAAUCGCGACUCUCAAUCUGAGGAUGGCCAUCCACGAUUUAUUACGGAAUUUAGAAAGGAUGCUCUUGUGGUGUUUAACUUUUCAUUAUCUCUUAAGCGCAAUGAAAUAGUAACAUUUAUUCCAUUGGCAAAAAGGCGUUUGAACACGCUGCCCUUUUCCAUGAGUGUCUAUUCCUCACUUCCAUUACAGAGGGAAGAAGCGAUAUGA